AGGCGGGGGAGUCGCCGAGCGCGGGAGGGACUGAGUGUCUAGCUCCGCAGGAGCGGGGAGGGGACACCUGGGGCAAUGACCGAACCCGCCGACGCUGCCUCGGACCUGUGUGUGCACCUCACCCCACCCCAGCCAUGGCUCUGCUCAGCAUCAAUGAACUACCUGAGAACAUCCUGCUGGAGGUAUUCACGCAUGUGCCUGCCUGCCAACUGCUGCGCUACCGCCCUGUCUGCAGCCUCUGGCGCGACCUCAUUGAUGUCGCGACCCUCUGGAAGCGCAAAUGCCUGCGGGAGGGCUUCAUCACGGAAGACUGGGAUGAGCCUGUGGCCGACUGGAAGAUCUUCUUCUUUCUGUGCAGCUUGCGCAGGAACCUCUUACGCAACCCAUGUGCUGAAGAGAAUAUGAUGUCCUGGCGAAUUGACUCCAAUGGUGGGCACCGCUGGAAGGUGGAGAGCAUCCCUGGAGACCAUGGGACAAGUUUUCCAGACCCAAGAGUCAAGAAGUACUUUGUCACAUCCUUUGAGUCAUGCCUCAAGUCCCAGCUGGUAGACCUCAAAGCUGAGGGCUACUGGAAGGAGCUAAUGGACACGGUCCGGCCUGACAUCACAGUCACAGACUGGUUUGCUGCCAGAGCAGACUGUGGCUGCAUCUACACCAUCCGAGUACAGCUGCUCUCAGCCGACUACAUCGUCCUGGCCUCCUUCGAGCCCCCACCUGUGACCAUCGAACAGUGGAGCGAUGCUAGGUGGACAGAGGUCUCCCACACCUUCUCGGAUUACCCUCCAGGCGUCCGCUAUGUCCUCUUCCAGCACGGGGGCAAAGACACUCAGUACUGGGCAGGCUGGUACGGGCCCCGUGUCACCAACAGCAGCAUCGUCAUCAGUCCUAAGAUGACCAGGAACGCAGCGCCCUCCACCACGCAGCCUGAGACCACGUAGGGGCAGGAGGCAGCUGCCCACUUGCCCUCUCCACAUCAUUUCUACCAGCCUUUCUGACAGUCUGUCAUCUGACAGCCAUUCCUCCGUCCUCUGUCUGGGUUAGCCUAGAGCCAAAGGUCCCCUCCAGGCAAGAGCUGAGCCUACAGUGGGCAGUGAUAGCCCCUGUCCCAAGAUCUGCCCAGUUCCAACUUUGACAAAGCUACCAGUUUGUGGUAAUGCACUGUCACAUAGCUGACCUUUUGUCAUAAUAAAUGUUUUCAGUAAAACCA